AACAAGAAGUAAAGUGUCUAUGGUAGAGGCAUUUUGAUUGAUAUUUUCGGUUACGUUUGUUAGAGUCGGAACCGGUUUUGGUAUUAAAUGGUUCUAAAUGUAAUUAUUUAGUAAUUGAAAAUGAAAACUUCAAACAAUAAAACAUGCGUAGAAGAUUAUGUGGAUAAUUUUCUAGCCGAGAACUCGGCGCUGCGCCGCAAGCUGCAGAGCAAGGCCGAGGCCCUGCUGAUCCUGAGCAAGGAGCUGGACCGCUGCCGCACCGAGAGGGACCAGUUCAAGCUGAUGGCUGAGCAGCUGCAGGACCGUUGUGCCGCCCUCAAGAGGAUAUCCCAGGACAUGGGUGCGGACACGCGGGUGUGGCCCGCGGAGGGCUGCCAGGGACGCAACCUGGCUCAGGUGCUGGGCGAGACCAAGGAGCUGAACAAGGCCCUCAGGAUGGAGGUGGAGGAUCUCAGGCAGAAGCUCAGGGACGCUCAGGGCGACAUGAAGGUUCUGCGGCUGAGGGGCAGCCACGGGAGGAGCGCGUGCGGGCCCGGGGACGACCACAGCUUCCCCGCGCACCAGCGGGAGGAGCUGGUGCAGCAGCUCGAGACCAUCAACCUCAAGUGUUCGCAGAUGGAGGCCGACCUCCAGGCCGUGCUGGACGAGAAGGAGGAGCUGGUGACGGAGCGCGACGGCUACAAGUGCAAGGCCCACCGCCUCAACCACCAGCUGCACACGCUGCUGCGGGGGGACUCCACCCGGGCCCUGGACGUCGACGCGCUCGUCAUGGAGAACAGAUACCUCCAGGAGCGAUUGCAGCAGACCGAGGAGGAGAAGGAACUGGCUGCUCAAGCGCUGACCAAGUACAAGAGCAUGCUGGAGAAGAAGCGCAGCAAGGGGGCAGUCAAGCUGGGGACCAGCAGCAGCGCGGGGCUCGUCAUGUCGCACAAGCAAGUCCAGCAGCUGCUGGAGCGGGGCACUGCCACGCAGCUGCCCAACACGGCCGCCACGCUGUGCCACAUGAAGAGCCUGUGCCUGGGCCUGCUCGAGGCUCUGUCGGACAAGACGCUGGCGCUGGCCCACCAGAAGAAGGCCAACAAGAUCCUGGCCGGGCGUAUCUCGGAGUUGGAGCAGAGGCUGCAAGGCUGCCACGUGGGCGUGUUCCCGUCGCAACUCCUCCUGGAAGGCUACGCCAGCUCCGAGGUCGACCGGGACACUUCCAAGCUCCUUGAUGCCGCGUCCGACACAGACAGCGAGUCUUCUGCUCUGGCUAAUAAGGAGAAAGCAGCAAUAUCUUCAGAGACAAAUGAUGUGCCAGGCGAGCCUGCUCUCCAGAAACUGCUUGCUGUUACUAACCACGCACCAGUGACUAACAAUGAUGCAGACAGCUUGCCUUCGGAACUGCAGGAGUUGGUGCAGAAGGCACUACUGAAUCUUCAGGAAGAGAUGCAGUUGUCUAGUUCCCGUUAACAAGAGUGGAGUUGUAUCCGUGAUCAACUGUACUGUCACAAAUAUCGCUGCUGUUUUUGUCCCGUGUCUGCUAAUAUAGCCUGUAUCUUACUUCUUAAUAUUUCAUUGUUCAAGUUUGAUAACUUGAAAGCAAGAUCAAGAUGAAAUUUUGAUGAAACAAACUUUGUUAUUACCAGAUUUCUCACAAAUUAGUUUGAAUAUAUGUAUUUACUACACUCAUGUGUAACUAAAUCUACUCACCCCUCCAGUGUGCACAUAAAGGCCUAUUUAAAAAAAAAAGAUUUUUCAGAUUUUCACAAAACAAUUUACGUAUUUUUGAAAGUCUAAUGUUUUGACUUUACAAUGACACCAUUAUCAUGAACAUUUCUACAGUAUUUUUAUUUAUAAUGCAUUUAGAAUAAAAUUGCAUGCAAAAUGCAGUAAUAUGGAAAACCAAUUGAGGAUAUUUAUAAUCAAAUUACAAUAAAACAUUCAAGCACAACAAACAAAACUUUAUUGAUCAAUACUUGGUAUUACCUCCCCUUGGCUUAACAACGGCUCGCAUGCGGUUCCUCAGACCUUACCGUAUUAAGGUUUUGACAAAGUCUUGGGGGAUCCCACUCCACUCCUCCAGUGCAAUCUUGAGCUUGUUGACGUUAGAUGGAGUCUGAUUUCUGCUCGGACCCUCCAGUUGAGCUGCUCAUUGCAUAAGUGCUCAAUCGGAUUCAUGUCGUGACUGAGGGCUGGCCACUCCAUUGUCUUAAGACCAACCUCCUCCAUGAAUUGCCGAGUGGUACACUCUCUAUGACACUGGGUAUUAUAAUGCAUCAACAUGAUCCAGAAUGUCCUCGAUGUAUCGUUCUGCAGUCAGACCCCCUUCCGGCCUCCACCAGGUAUUAAAACAAGAUCUGUUUUUCCCUUAAGGGAUAUGCCAGCCCACAUGAAUGAACCACCAUCGUAUAAGACUGUUUCAGCAAAACAGUACCAUGAAAAUCACUCUCCUGGAUGCUGUUAGACCUGGCCUUUUCUAUCACUACCAUGGAGACACGUUUUGUUCUCAUGUCAUCAGUGAACAGGACAGACCGGUUUUGCUUGAUGCUGCAAUUGACAUGUUCCCGAGCAAAUUCGAGUUGUGCUUGGCGGUGACGUAAAGGGCCAUGUUGGAAUAAGGUUGGCUUUCUUCAAGCGUCUUCUGACUGUCCAUUGACUAACAGCUACUCCUUGAACUUUUCUCAGCUCCUUUUGCACAUUGACACCUGUCAUAUGGCGAUUUUGCAGUGAAGUUGAGGCGAUAAAAGCAAUCCUCCCUCUCAGAUGUGCACCGGUGCCGGCAGGUUUGUGGUUUUCGAGUGAAGGUGCCAGUUUCCUGAAACCUUGUGUAUAAUCUUGAGACAGCAGAUUGGCUUAAGGUCUGUUGAUGAGCAACUUCUCAUUGACUGCAGCCGUCUUGCAACAAAGCAACAACUUGUGAGGCUUCUUCUGGUAUAGUAUCUAUGGUUUUGCCAAAACAAUGAUUGAAACUUGCAGUGAUGUGUUGAGAUCAAUGUCUGAUAAGCGACUGAUGAGAUAUAUCUGUCAAAGUAGGAUUACAUAUAUAGGCGAUUGCAAAACGCAACUCGUGGUUGCAGACACAGCGCAUCAUUUUGCUAUGCUUACGUUUAGAUCAUGUUAAUUUGAAAAAUAUUGUACAGAUAUUUAUGAUAAAGGAGUUAUUGUAAAUAUAAAAGAUUAGGCUGUCAAUAAUAAAAUGUUUUGUGAAAAUCAGAAAAACCAUUUUUUAAAAAAUACACCUUUUUGUGCGCACUGGAGGGGUGAGUCAAUUUAGUUACAAGUGAGUGUAGUUUGUUUGUUUGUACCUUAGCACAUUUUAAGGUAAGAAACUGAAUAUCUUAAAUACUGUAAAAUAACAUGAUUGUCUGUGAUUUCUGUUGCAAAAGUAAAAUAUUUUUUAAUA